AUACAUUGGAUUGGAUAUAUUGAGGACUGUUUCUAAUGCUUGUGAAAUACUCUUUCCUUAAGACUUUUGUGUGGCCAAUUACUUGGGUAUAUGUGGUAUUUUAGUGCACCUGUCCUGUCAGAUAAUGCUGAAACACUAAUUGCGUAAAGAUCAGCGUGAAAGGAGAGAUGGUCAGGGUGCGAAGGCGCGCCGGCGCGCGAGUGACCUAGGCGAUGCGCCGUCCCCACCACUGAUAACAUCAUGCCAGCGCCACUAGCCGCAUACAUAACACUCCUUACCGUCGUAUGGCUUUGUGCAAUCGCGGAUGAGAUCCCGUCGGCGGCGGUCCCGCGGUCCACCAACACCACGUCGGUGCCUGCGGACCCGCGGUCGCCAGUGGGCCGCGUGCCGCCGUACCAGCCACCGGCUGGAGCCGGACCUGUGCCCGGCUAUCGUCCCCAUAACCCGUAUACAAGGGUGGAACCAUGGCACCAACGACCAUCGAUAUUCGAUAGAAACGCGGAUGUCAUAGCGGAAGACAUUGAUCACGAGGAAGACGAUGGCGGCUGUAACGUUCCGUGUCUUAAGGAACAUUUCUCAUGCCAGAUCUCAUGCACCUGCAUCUCAAUGGAGAAGCGAUGCGACGGCGUCGCGGACUGCGCUGAGGCGGAGGACGAGGCGGGCUGCACGCGCUCCUGCGACGAGCACGAGAACCGAACCCUCUGCCACACCACCAACGUGUGCAUCGCCGUCGACUGGCUAUGCGACGGCGAUAACGACUGCGGAGAUUUCUCUGACGAGACGCACUGUGGUGGCCCGGCCAACUGCACGGCAGACCAAUUCACGUGCGCCAACGGCCUGUGCAUCCACAAAGACUGGUUAUGCGACGGCGACGACGAUUGUCGCGACAACUCAGACGAGACCAACUGCACCAAAGACAAGUGCAGAGAAAACCAAUUUACGUGUGCCACCGGUGAGUGCAUACCAUCACACUGGCGUUGUGAUAAGGAGGCUGACUGCCCUGAAAACUCCGACGAGAUUGACUGCCCUUUGGACUUGAUACGCUGCGCCGAGGCAGAAUUUCAAUGCGACAACAAGAAAUGCAUUCGCAAAGAGUUCCAAUGUGACGGCGACAACGACUGCGGCGACUGGACCGACGAGGACUUCUGCCCGAUGAUGCCGGGCAGCUGCAAUGCUGGCGAAUUUAAGUGUAGCGACGGCAAAUGCAUCCCAGAGCGAUGGCGCUGCGACACCGAGCGGGACUGCUCGGAUGGCGGCGACGAGCUCAACUGCGAACACGGCAUGCGGAACUGCACCAGCGACGAAUACACCUGCGCUGAUAGGCGGUGCAUAUUGAAAACAUGGCUUUGUGACGGCGUCCGUGACUGCUCAAAUGGUGAAGACGAAAUGCAUUGUCAAGUAUUUUGUGAAGAAGACCAGUACACAUGCGCUACUCAGGAUCAUCUUAUCAGCAGCGCGUUUAGGAACUGCGUGAAUAGAAAACACGUAUGCGACGGAAUGAAGGACUGCCCUAAGGGUGAUGAUGAGGAAAAAUGUCCAACGAAGAGGAAGUGCGGUCCAGAAGAUAAAUGCGAGAAGCAAUGUAUCACAACUUAUGAUGGACUCCCUGCGUGUGCUUGUCCUUUGGGUUUUUUAUUGGCUGAUGAUGGUUUUAGUUGCCGCGACAUUGACGAAUGCAUGUAUGAGCAAGAUCCAGUCUGCUCCCAAACAUGUUCUAAUACGAUGGGUAGCUUUCAAUGUGGAUGUAUGACAGGAUAUGUCCUUCGUCCUGAUGCUAGAUCUUGCAAACCUACGGGAGAGUCGCCAACCCUGCUGUUUUCGAAUCGCAUUGGAAUUAAACAGGUAUGGCUCACUGGCGAUAACUACAUGUCUGUUGUAAAAGGACUUCAUAAUGCGGUAGCAUUGGACUAUCACUACGAAAAACAGCUAGUUUUUUGGACUGAAAACAAUCUGAGAGUCAUACGUGUGGCACAAAUGAACAACAAUAACAUUACAGAUGUUAUAAGGUGGGGUUUGGAAACACCAGGCGGUGUGGCAAUAGAUUGGAUCCAUGAUUUAAUAUUUUGGACAGACUCGGGAACCAGACGUGUUGAAGUAGCUACUUUAGAAGGUCUCCAAAGGGCGGUAAUAGCAGCCAACGAUUUGGAUAAACCGAGGGCUAUAGUCGUUCAUCCGGGAGAUGCUUUGGUGUUUUGGACCGAUUGGGGUCCUAAUCCAAAAAUUGAGCGAGCUGACAUGGACGGAAACAAUCGCAAAAGUGUCAUUGUAAGUCAGAUAUUCUGGCCCAAUGGCCUGACUAUUGACUACAUUGAAUCUAAGAUAUACUGGGCGGAUGCAAAGCACCAUGUUAUAGAAAGUGCAUCUUUCGAUGGAAGAAAUCGAAGACGGAUCACGAAUAAAGGAUUGCCCCAUCCGUUCGCUCUGACAAUGUUUGAAGACGCAAUUUAUUGGACUGAUUGGCACACAAAGAGUAUAUCAACUGUCAAUAAGAGAACUGGAAUGGGAAUACAAACAGUCCAUGCUGGAUUAAACGCUCCUAUAGAUAUUCACAGUUAUCACCCGUUGCGCCAACUGAGAACGUAUAAGAACCGUUGCGGUGGAAAUAAUGGCGGAUGCUCACAUCUAUGCCUUCCUAACAGCAAUGGCUACUCCUGCCGAUGUCCUGUUGGCUUCAAUUUGAAUUCUGACGGACGAACAUGCGAAGAAUCUCCGGAAAAACUUUUACUGUAUGCCCAAAGGAAAGAUAUUAGACUUAAACAAUUAUACCCACGCAAGCAAAUGGAUUCCUUAGACAUGGUGAUACCGGUGGACCAUAUCAAAUCGGCCAUGGCUUUGGACUGGGACCAUAACAGCAAUUCAAUAUUCUGGACCGAUGUUGAAAAAGAUACCAUCAAUCGAGCUUAUUUGGAUGGGUCCAAUCAGACGGUUGUUGUAGGGUCGAAUCUAAUUUCUCCUGCUGGCUUGGCAUAUGACUGGUUAACUGACAAGUUAUACUGGACUGACGCUGGAACUAACAGAAUUGAGGUGGCCAAUGCUAAUGGCAGCAUGAGAACCCUUUUAGCCUGGGAAAAUAUUGACAAGCCCAGAGAUAUUGUAUUAGAUCCUAAAGGAGGGGUGAUGUAUUGGUCGGAUUGGGGUCUGAGCCCCUGCAUUGAACGCGCGGACAUGGACGGCGGAAACAGGGAACGUCUCAUCACCGGUGACAUGGUUUGGCCCAAUGGUUUAGCCCUAGACCUUGAUCGACAGCGCAUUUACUGGACAGAUGGAGGCAAUAAAACUAUUCAAUAUGCCCGUUUCGAUGGCACUGGAAGAACUAUUUUGAUAGGUCAGGACCUUUCACAUCCGUUCGGCCUGGACUUAUAUGGGGAUGAAGUGUUUUGGACAGAUUGGGACACACAAUCCAUCCAAGCUGCUAAUAAGCACACUGGAUACAACAGAAGAACCCUUGGAUCUGGCGUUGCUGGUAUUAUGGACGUCAGGGUUUUCCACAAGGAAAGGAUCAGUGAAGCUAAUCAAUGCACCAAAAACAACGGAGGCUGUUCUCAUUUAUGCUUGCUAAAGCCAAGAGGUCGUUCAUGUGCUUGUCCCAUUGGAAUCAAAUUAAGCAAGGACGGUAAAACCUGCACAAACGGUCCAAUAAACUUCCUUAUCUUCGCCCAUCGCACCGAUAUCCGUGUGAUUUCGCUGGAUGUGCCGUACCAAAUAGACGUUGUGUUGCCUUUGCCGCCACUAAAGAACGCCCUUGGAGUUGAUGUUGACCAAAAGACAGGUCUUAUAUACUGGACUGACACUGCUGAGAGGAAAAUUCAACGCUCUAAUAAAGCUGGUGAAAAUAUCCAAACAAUAAUAGGCAAAGGCCUUCAUACUGCAGAUGGUAUCGCGAUUGAUUCAAGCGGGAGGAAGAUUUAUUGGACUGAUGGCGGUCGUAACAGUAUAGAGGUCGCUGAAUUAGAUGGAAGUAAUAGGAAAGUUUUAGUGUGGACUGGGCUAGAUUCUCCACGAGCGAUUGCUUUACACUAUGACCUGGGUUAUAUGUUUUGGUCGGACUGGGGCACUUCAGCUAAAAUUGAAAGGGCUGAUAUGGAUGGCAAAAACAGGCGUGUUAUUGUGGACAACGACAUUAAAUGGCCGAAUGGCUUAGCCGUUGAUCGUGUCGAGGGUCGUCUCUAUUGGAAUGACGCAAAAGUCUAUACCAUUCAGACCUCAGACUUCAGUGGUAACGACCGACGCACUAUUCUGCAUAAAGUCCAAUAUCCCUACGGUAUCGUGAUCGUAGGUCCAUAUAUCUAUUGGACGGACUGGAAGACGGAAGCAUUGCACAGAGCCAACAAGACGAAUGGGAAUGAUUCGAUAAUUAUUAGAGAGAACUUGAAAGGUCUAAUGGAUAUUCGAGCAGUUCAGAGUGAACACCUCGCGAAAAACUUAUGUGGUUUUAACAACGGGGGUUGCUCCCAUCUGUGCCUCCGUUCACCGGAAGGAUAUUCCUGCGCUUGCCCAACCGGUAUCUUAUUUGAAAAUCAAACGGAACAAAACCCCAAGAAGUGUAAGAAACAUCCAGAUAAUUUUCUUGUGUUCGCGACAAGAGGAAGCGUGGCGUUUAUAUCUUUGGACACUCCAGAACAGUGGGACGUCACCCUUCCAGUCACCGAAGUUCAGAAUUCUAUUGCAGUUGAUUUUCACUGGGACAGAAAAUUAAUAUUUUUUACUGAUGUAGAAAAGAACGUUAUAAGAUCUAUUAACAUGCUGAACAUGAGCGAGACAAAAGUCAUAGUGAAGAACAGAUUGGAUACUCCAAAUGGCCUAGGUGUCGAUUGGAUAGCAGACAAUAUUUACUGGACGGACAAUGAGUAUAAGGUAAUAGAGGUAGCACGAUUGGAUGGAUCAUGCCGAAAAGUCUUGAUUAAUGGCCUCACAGAACCAAGAGCGAUAGCGUUAUUCCCCGCUAAAGGGUACUUGUACUGGAGCGACUGGGGCGAACAUCCUAGCAUUCAACGAGCUUACUUAGAUGGAACCCAGAGGACAGUGAUCGUAAAUAAAGACUUAGGCUUUCCUAACGGUAUAACGAUAGAUUUUAGAGACAGGCGAUUGUACUGGACUGACGCUUUAAAGGACAGAAUCGACACGUCAGAUUUGCACGGUAACCACAGAGUACAGCUGAUACCCGAUGCUAAACAUCCCUUUGGUAUGACACAGUUCAACGACUACAUCUUCUGGACAGACUGGUUUAAAAAGUCCGUAAUGCGAGCCGACAAGAAGACAGGAAAGAACAUCACAGCGUUGCGAACUGACCUGGAAAUGGCGAUGGAGAUAAAAGCCGUGACGUCAGAGAAACAGCGCGGAUGGAACCCGUGCAAGGAGGGCAAUGGCGGUUGCUCGCAUUUGUGUCUCUUCAAAGGACACGAUUACAUCUGCGCCUGUCCGGAUGAAGCGGACUCAAGGCCCUGUGACACAAUUCCGAAUCCCAAGGUCGACAUUAGUCUGCGGCCACCAUAUCCGGACUACGAAAUAGAUCUGGAUGACCUCGACAAAGGCCCCCCAACGCCCACUCAAAUCCCAGACACAAGUAUCAUGAGCAUCUUGCUGGUUGUUAUCGGGGUUUUCGUUUUCAUUAUCUUGGCUAUAAUUGUCCUGGCAAUUGUUUGUGUAAAAAUAAAACGCGAGCACGGCGGAGAACUGAAGGAGAACUACCGAGAAUCAGGCGGGCACAUCUCCUUCCACAACCCGAACUACAACUGCACCACCGGCGGCGGCGGCGGCCCCGACUCCACUGAGCGCAGACCUAAUCGAUUCCAAGGCAUCUUCAAAUAUGACAAAAACCAGGAGCGCGUCACAAACGUGUACAUCCCAGAGGGAACCAGCUUGCUCCCGCCGCCGCCACCGCCACCGCACCGCCAGCCGCCACGGCCCGCCACACACGAUGACUUUGAGCCCGUCACGUUGCACUCCUUUGCCUAAUGCGAAUAAGACGUUAAUGUGUAUCGCAUACUGUAGAGCACGAACAACAGGCGCACAGAGGUGAAAAUUAGACAUAAAGCUAUAUUUUAUUUUAUUUUUGGCAGUGCGCGAUAGGUACCUAUAGCAUUUGGCCAAUAUUGAAAAAGUACUCAUAUAAAUGGGGCGUCAUAGAAUAUCGCACCAGAAGCGAUAUUCGACUGGAUACUAUGUUGUAAUGUGCCUACAUGUCUACGAAGUAUUUCGUAAUAUAAAUAUUAAUAAACGAAACCAACAUUCACUUUAUCCAAAAAAAUUACGUUGCUUUCUCCAUAGUCUAACUAAGUCUCAUCGACUAUUUUAUAAAGUCUUGUUUUUGUCUGUUCACCUCUGUCGCCUCUCUUUAGGUAGUCUCUCAAAGAGGUCUUGUUCUUCAAUAGACCUAUAAUUAAUUAAACUGUACACAAUAAUGUUAACCAAAGUUAUUAAAUGAAAGGAUUUACAUCGACAUAAGAGCUACACGAACGAUAUCAAAGAAAUUUUAAUACGAAUAUAGAUUAAAUGCACUUACCGGCCGUAAUUUCACCUGACAACGCGUAUUGCUUUAAGAUGGUGCACGACAUACCAAUGAAUCGAAGUGUUCGGAUCUUAACGUACCUACUUACUUGUAAACCUAUGGUUAGGUAGUUCAUUAAAAUUGUUAUCAUCGAACUCUAUACGCUCUCAGUAUUUGAAUUGCGUGUCUGCACAAUUGCAAUUGUUUCAUUUAUAGGCAUGUUUGUGUGGAUUGCUCAUAAGGUCAUUGCUUUAAUUAUUAUUUAUGACCGAAUAAACGAUUUACGGUACGGAUAUGAUUUGGGCUUUGUUAACUCGUGAGGUAAACAACAAUAUCUCUGGUUUUGUGAAAAAUGCCGAUGUGUGAACUCUCAAAUGCUACCGUAAUCUCAACGGCAGUAUUUCAGGUUUAAAUUAAAUUAAAUAAAAAUCUAAUAUAGUAAUAUGGUGGCACAAAAUAUCCUAAAGAAGUCGAAUACCUACGGUUAGGUUAAUUUAGAUCCAGAUUUUAACGGGAUUUAAAGUCAAACGUGUGGAUAUCGGUGCCUACUAUAUAAAGAAUAAAGAUAUACUUGUCAAUUGCAGCCUCAGAAAAUUAAACAAAAAAAAACUUAUCUACUUAUUUAAUAAAUUCAUGUUACUUGUAUGGAAGCCAUUAGACUUUAUUUAGUUCUAGUUUGUGAUUGACAGUCGGUUUAAAGAUUUGGUUUUCAACCGUUACCUAUGAUUAUGAUGAAUGUACAUAAUAAAUAAUAGAUAACUAACCAUAACGUUUGCUAUAAAUGUUAUAAUAAUGAAACUAUACUUACAUAUGGUAUCUACUUAUUUGGCUUUGGCCUUUAAGUGGCAUUAAUUACCAGCCUGCUGCGGUACAAAACCCCCCGAAAUUAAUAACAAUUCUUUAUUCCAAAAAAUAAGUACAAUAUUCCAAAAAUCACCAAAUGUUCUUGGUAUUCCAUUUCUUUACCAAUAUUUCGGUCACGACGCUACCAGGAAGGCAACUUUCUUGCGCGUAUAGGUAGGCUGACCUAACUUACCCACUGGCUAAAAUGCUUUAUAAAGUUAUUUUCAGAUCGUCAGAGUUCCUCUGUGCCCCAGUUACUUAAACUUAGUAAUCUUCGUUAAAUAGUUCCUCUAAGUUUUAUAUUUCGGCUCGCUUGCUUACCCUGCCUCUCACAAAUCCCGUUUACCUCUAUCACGAACGAGAACUAAUGUUGGUACCUGUACUGCGUUAGCUACGUUGCACGAACGAAUCGCUUUCAAGUCAACAGCAACAAUUUAAAUUAAGGUAAAAUUCAAAGUUAUUCCGUCAAAUAUUUUACAUAUAGUAUAAGAAAAAUAACAUCUUUGUACUAAAUAAAAGAUAAACAUAUUGUUAUAAUACUUAUAAUUUACAAAUAGGAAUAAGUGUUUAGAGUAUGAACUACUUACAAGCCAAAGGCUUAAUUUGUAAAUAAAUUAAAGUAUUGAUACCUACACGUAUACCUACUUAUAAUGUAGGAUAUAACAGUGAUAUGACGAUUACUUUGUUAUCAAGUUAUCAUUAUUAAUUAAUACGAAAAACAUAUACCUAAGGAAUUAAGGAAACAUUCGUCCUUUCCUCUAUUUUGAUAACACGUUUGAUAAUCUCAUUCUUAAUAACAUGUCAGACACUUUGAUGAUUUAAACAUGAUUAUUUCUAAUUUACGAACAAACAAUACAUACUUAUCGCGAUGGGUUCUAUUAAAAAUUAUACCAACAGUUUUAACAUGAAAACUAUAUAAGUAGAAUCUUUAAAACUCCUUAAGAAUUAUCGAUAAUAAUUGUUGUAGUUUCCUCGAGAAUGUUUGUUUUUACGGAAUGGUACAACUGAAUGGUAAAAAAUUUAUGAAAAGGACUCCUAGAUAUUUAAAUACCUAAUAAUAUAUGUAUUAUUUUUGUACAAGUUCCACGUCUCACUCAGGCUCAGGGCUGAGACUUAAGAAACUUUAAUUAGUUUAGUACAUAAGUUAAAGUGGUGUCAUAUGGAUACAUGUAUCCAUAGGGGCGGGUGCUAGUAUGGUAGGUAGGUACUGGCUUAUGCAAUGCACCCAUAAGCACGGGGAGCUGUUUGUACAUAUUUAGGAAAUGGUAUUAACAGCAUACCAUAUAUAUAUGCAUAUAUUAUAUAUACUUCGAAUCAUGAAUAUAUUAAAUUGUUAUACUUUCAGUUUAAUAUUUUCCAAACAAAAAUAAAGAACGUGUUAUAUAGGUUAUAGAGAUAAAUUUCACCAAAAUAAAUAUGGUGACAAUAAUAUAUCAAUGUAAAUAAUUAGUUUUAAUCAUGAGCUGAUGCCGUUAUGUUACACUACAUUGUAAAUAACAGAUGUAUUUUUUUAGUUUACGGGAUACUAGGUUUUGCUAGCAUGGCGCAGUCGCGGCUUCUCAACCUUACUACUCGACAUUCUACAACUGUAAACAACCCGUUGGAGGAAUGUAAUCUCAUUUCAUAUAAAUCAUUUGUUAAAACUGCCGAUUAUUUUUUCUAAAAUGUAAAAUGGAAUAUCUGCAAAAUGGAACAUGCCUAUUAUAUCCAAAUGUCAAUUCAAAAUCUAGUUUGGUAUUUUAUAAGAAAAUGCUGGAGUGAUAUCCGAUCUUGAUUUUUGACAUAAGUACCUGAGACAAAUUUUACACGGACAGGCCGCUUUCGGACGUAGGCUAGGUAAUAUUUUUACGUCCAACAUUCAGGUCGCAGUUUUUUAAGACGAAGGUUUUCAAUCAGUGUGUGUUGAUUGUAAUGACAAACGGCACCCACCUACCUACCCAAAGAACAAAGGAGCUCACAAAAAUAAUAUUGACGGAGAAUUAAGGUCGUCAGCGAUCCUGAGUUGCCAGAGUUAAAAGUAGUGGAUAUUUGGUAGGGCAGCGAUCCCGAAAAAUGCAGCGCCGAGAUUCCCCAAGACGAUCUGGCCGACAUCGCACGAAACCGUUGGAUGAGGCCAGAGAACGAACGGUGGUUGUAACAAACAUCCUUGUGGUUGUGAAGAGGGGAGGCCUUCGUCCAGCAUUGGAAAUCUUUUGACUGAUUUGAUGAUGCCAGGUCAAAUCUAAAUGGCCGAGAAUAAUUAAAAGGAAUAUUGCCCGCUAAUUAAAACAGCUGUUUUGUUGUACAAUUUCAGGUACUCUUGUUGGCUGUAUAGGUACAGCUAAAUCAAAUUAAAAGCACCUCCUAGUUAAAAUACCAGACCUUAAAAUUUGUAUUUCGGGAAUAGAACUUUCGAGUAAACCAUAAAAUAAUCAAAUUAUGUUUUUUGCUUUCUUUUAAUUGUGCAUUUUUACGUCGAUGCCUCGCGCAAAAAUGCACACAAAGUUUCACAGGGUGUUUUAAUCUAAGGUAGGAUUAGGGUGGUAAUUAAAUGAACAGAUGGUUUCAGAGAGGUAAAAUAAAGUAACGAAGAAUUUUGACACAAAUGCUAUAGAUAUGCUUUUACGUUUUUACAAAUACAAUUGUUAUAGUCGGACGGUUUUAAAAUGUCGGAAUCCACUUAAAGGAUUACCUACCGAUGAAUGGCAUUGUUGUCUUUUGUUAAGCCCAACCGCUAAUUGGCUGUGCAAAAUGGAAUGCAAUAACAACAAAAGAUUCCAUACAGAUAACAACCUUAUCGCUUGAAGAAUAGAGUUAAAAUUACAAUAGCAGGUACUCGAUAUAGAACCUUUUGGAAUGCAGGGCCGUGGUCACCCAAGCGUUUGUUUAUGUGAGUCACAACAAUGCCAACAAAAGACAACAAUGCCAUUCAUCGGUAGGUAAUCCUUCAAGUGGAUUCCGACAUUUUAAAACCGUCCGACAUAAAUAUGUUUAUGUAUACAUUAUUAGGAGUAAGUGAAGCAGCUAAUUAACUACACACAAAACAAUAAUUGUUCAUGAGAAGACAUCUCGUUGCAAUAAGGUACAUCGAUGGUCAUGUUAAGGUACAGACAGCACCAGAAGUAGGUACUUAGCGGAAGAAAUGCUCUAUGUACCUACUCUGUACAAAACCUUAAUUACAUAGUUGAUAGUUAUUUGUUUUACAAGAAGGCAAAGUUGGUGUUUAACUCCUGGUCCUAAUAUUGAUAUCCGAGUAAGCGAAAGAUUCCAAAACUUAAAUUGAUUUUAGAAAAGUGGAAUCUUAAGCGUUCCGAAGAUUUAACGCGGUUAAACAAACUUUGCUACCGAUUGAAACACAAAAUGGCACACAAGGGGGCAAAGUUGUUGUUUAACCGCUUGUGCUAAUAUUGAUAACCGAGCAAUCGAAAGACUACAAAAUUGAACCACGAGCGUAGCGAGUGGUUCGUGAACUGGAAUCUUGAGCGUUGUGAGGGUUUCAAGGCACGAGGGUUAAACAAACUUUGCCUCCGAGUGAAACACAAAAUUUUUCACCACACCAACGCGAACAAAAUACUAACUAUGAAAUACCAAAAAAAUCAAACGAAAUCAAAUUCAAAUGUACGUAAUAA